ACUGGAAAUCACAAUGAUAUGGGCAUAUGUUUCUUUCAACAUGUUCUCCAAACACUCAUAAUAACAAGAAAUGUCUGGAUUUCGUAGGUGCACACUACAGCAUGCGCUUCAUCUCCGUUAUCAAUUCAGCAACGACACGAAACACUGUGUAUCGUGAAAGGACACCAAACACAUUAGAAGUUCAGUUUCUUUACCGAGACUUUAGGUUUAUUCUUCAUAUAUUUUGACAUAUUCAUGACUGAUAAAGCAAUUUUUAGGUUCGUUCUCCAAUUACUGAUUCACUACAGCGUUGUUUCUGAAGUCUUUUACAUGAAACAUAGAACAUAGUGGUUGGAGAUUAAAGAAAUAUCAUCGCGUUAUCAUAUGUAUAGAAAGCACUCUAAAAGUAUUUCUCCGCUGAACUUUGACAAAUUGCUGAUUCAACCCAUGCAUGACAAUCUGCUGUUUUACAUAUCGUCAAUGGAAAUACAGAGUAAAUUUUGUCACACGGAACAUAUUUGCUAACAUAAUUUCCAGUUGAGAUUAAAUUUGCUAAUAUGGGAAGAUAACUAAUAUACUUCACUAAUUAAUCUAAUGAAAUUUACAAAAUGGACGUACUGAAAUGAGAAGACUUUUGCAAACUGGCAAAUUCUGUUGACAUCUGUAGUGUAAAAAUUCACCGAUAACACACAAUAGCAAAUUUAUUAGAUUUCAUACUUUAAAACGAAAAUCAGAAAGGUUUAAUCGCAGCAUAUUUUGAUAAUCAUGUCUUUCAUGUCGUUAUGUGUAAUGGAAUUACUCCUCCAUAUUGCAGAUGUUAGAAAUAUAUCGUAAUAUUACCAUUAAUUUAAUAACUGCUUUUCUUUCAUUCAAGAUAAUUGAACAAAUUGUAAAAUUACCAGUAAUCUAUAAGAUGACAAUGUUAAAUCACACACGGAAACACUGAAAAAUGAUGUCAAAACAAUAUUUUGUGAUUCUGAUACCGGUUAUAUCGAUAGUAAUUUCGUGCCCCACGUACAAGGAUGAAACAUUAUUACAAGCAACUUUAUUAUCUAAUUAUAACAAAGGUGUGAGGCCUGUUAUUGAUUUAUCUACAACUAUCAAUAUCGAAGCUGCUUUAUUUCUUCACACAUUCUAUGGUCUGGACUUUGUAAAUAAUAUAGUUACAGCUCGGUACGACUUUAGUCUAGAAUGGACUGACGAACUUCUGACUUGGAAUCCUCUAGACUACAACAACAUUACAGUUAUAUACAUAGAAAAAGAUAAGCUGUGGACACCAGAAAUCGUAAUGUGCAAUGCAAUGAAGGAAUCAGAAGAGAAAGGUAGCUUUCUUGAAGUAAAGGUUUUUAAUAAUGGACGUGUACAAAUGCGGUCACUAAAACUGCUGAAAUCCUAUUGCACAUUUGAUGCUUACGCCUAUCCAUUUGACCAGCAUGACUGCGAAAUAUACAUUUGCGUUGCUUUGCAUGAUCCUGUCCAUACAAGAAUAAGAACACUUACAUAUGAUAAUUUAAAUUAUUCCCCAAACUAUAACUGGGACAUCGACUACAAUGGUAUAAAAAAUGCUUCCGACCAGAGAUUCAGCGUCGUAUUUGCUCCAUUGCAUUUACGACGUAGACUCACAAUAGCUAUUGUAGCUAUGCUGAUUCCAACAAUAAUGAUGACUAUUUUGACUAUAUUUGUCUUCCUUCUACCUCCAGAAUCAGGGGAAAAAGUUUCUCUAGCUACGACAAUAUUUUUAUCAAACGUUUUGUAUCUUGUUGAAAUCGAGAAAACUACACCGAGGAAUUCCAAAUUUCCUCCACUUCUUAUGACAUACUUGAUGCUAUUAUCACUUUUAAGUGGUAUCGCAACACUUGGGUCGGUGAUUAUAUGCAAGUUGUAUGUCAUUCAGUCAUCUGAUGAAAAGACAUCGAACCUCCCAGAUCAAACAACAAACAAAUCUCGAAGCAACAAAAUUGCGGAUAGUUCAACAAUUACCACGAGAGAGAACGAUCCCGUAACUUUGAACUCAAAAUCAAAUACGAAAACUAAAUUUUGUAUAACCGAAUAUUUCCGACUUGAUGAGACAUUCCUGAAAAUUAGCAUUAUAACAACAGUAAUAAUUUCAAUAUUAUUUACUUCUUUCUUGUGUACACAAUAGAAGAAAAACUAGAUGAGCAAGACAUCAUAAUAGUAGAUUUAGAACGACGGGUGAAUAAAUAUAUAACAUCUUGAAAUUCAUAUUUCUAAUAUCAUAAAUUUGUGUAAUUUUGAGCAGUUUUAGCAACAUAUGAGAAGCUACAUCAUAUAAGUUCAUAAAACUACCGGAAUGAUUACCAGAUGCUGACUGAAAAUCUGAAAAAAUUAAUGCGAAUACAGACUGAAAUUCUUUGAAAUUUAUGAAAUCGCGAAUCAAACAUAUCUACUACUGGAUUGUGAACAUGGUUUCUUACAAUUUUCAUUCGUGUGUAUUAUACAUAAAACAUAACACACAGUUUACACAAUUAUUCAUACUUCAACGUCUGUAUGAUUAUAUUUAUAAUUUAUGACACUAACACAGGAUCUUACAGGCAUAUGUGUCUAGGCACUAAAACACGGUGAUACAAAUAGACGGAGCUACGACGACUAACUCAAAUGUUUGUAUUUACAUACAGUCGAAUACAUUUCCUAUUCGACUAUUCUAUAUAACAGACCAUUACAGAAAUCUGUCAAUUUCACCACAUCUGCUGAUAAAAGGAAAAUCAUGGAACCAUAUAGUUCUCUCAGAAUUUCACAACUACCUCUCUAUAUAUCAGGUUUAAUAAUAUGCGAUACAAGUAUAAAUUUUGUGCGAUUUCAUUAACAAAAACUUCAUCUCUGUCUUAAUGGCAUGUGCAAAUGUUUAUUAUUUUUACUGUUGAGAGUUUCCAUAUAAUAAUAUAGUCAUUGCAGAUAUACGAUUUUUUCCUCACGUGGAUGUGAGUUCGAGUCUCAUGGCUGGCCGCAGUCAGAUUUUUCUGCAAAAUAUGGAUAGUUUAUCCUGU